GAUGCCAAAUGGGUUUAUUUAUUUAUGAACAGUGAUUGUGACUUCACUUUAAUUCAAUCAGAUUAUUUUGCAAUAUAUGCUUAUUAUUCGUAAGCAGAAUGAAUAAUACUCGAGAGUAUGUGGUGUACGGCUACGCUCUCGGAAAUCAGGUGUUUGAAAUUAAACCAGACGCAAUUCAUCCUAAUGCUCCAGCUUUCGUUCCUGGUAUAAUUCAAAUAAUACCAGCCCAAACUAUUGCACAGUCACAACCGCAAAACAUUCGAAUUACCGAGGAUAUUCAGAUUUGUGAACCAAUUCAGCACAUUCAAGUUGUGCCUGAAGAUAUCUCAUCAUUCGUUAUAAAGCAACCCGAAUCAUCUUCAUUGAAUUCACAACCAAACAUCGGACAAACAUCACCUGGUGUUGUUCCUACCGAUCCGAAGAAUCCGUCUCUAGAUAUGGUUCAAGUAGAUCCAGUUGGCUCAAAGAUUGUAUCGAAUAUUGAUGCAAGCGAUAGAGAGCCGGAGACAUUUUUUAUUGGAAAAUCAACUAUUGCUAUAGCACGUACAAAGUCCAAAUCAAAAAAUGUUCAAAUAUCUACAUUAUCUUCUAAAACUACAGAUGAGGUAGCAAUAACUGUCAAAUCAUUGGCAUUUAAAUCGAAGAAAGACUUCAUAUACGAAUGCGACAUUUGCGACAGUCAGUUCUUAUCUCCAGUAUCUCUGAGAAUUCACAAAACAGGGCAUCGCUACGGUGCUCCCGAAGAAAAGGUAUCGUAUGUAUGUCGCUUCUGCGGUCGUCAAUUUUCUCAUCUGCAAACUCUAGGGGAUCACGAAAAGAUGCACAUUGAUGAUCGAUACGAUUGCGAUACUUGUAGGGCGCGGUACACUUCGAAGAGUGGCCUAAGAAAUCAUUUAACAAAGAAUGAAAAGUGUAAUGUCGCAUAUCAGAUGAAAAAACUUCAAAAGAAAAAGCAGGAAGAAGAACAAAAGGAACAUGGUUGUGAUAUAUGUGGGAAGACGUAUCGACACCGGAAGUCGAUGCUCGAGCAUCGGAGCUUACAUUUCCGAAACAAACAGCACCGAUGUGAUCUAUGUGGGGUAAUGUUCGAAACCACCGGUGGUUGGCGAAAGCAUAGAGCUAAUAAGCGUUGUGAGUUCUCGAAACGUAAGUUUAAGGAUUCGGGUGGAGAUGAUGAGGUAUUUAUUCCCGAAGACAGAAAGAAAUUUCUGGAAGAAAUCAAGAAACUGGAGGAAGACGAUUCUGCUGAAAUCUCAUUGGGCCGCAAAAAUAAUAGCAAACGAAUUCCGAGAGAAUGUCGAAGCAGCAAUAGCAAUGGUAGUAGUCAUUGCAGUGAUAAUGAUAACGACAUUGGCGGAAAUACUUCAUACGAAGACGACUUUGAGCCAGCUCAACAAAAUGAUGAGUUUGUUGAACCUUCACCAGAAAUGGUAGAGAUACAAGCCAUGCCAGGAAUCUCAAGUGAAACUUUUGAUGAAAAUGAAAUAGAGCUGGAUUCUGUUAAUCUACUGGAAGAAAUUAAGGAAGAAAUCUUAAGCGACCAAGAAGUUGAAUGCAAAAAUAACAACGCUGAAAGCGAUACCGCAAGUAAAACAGGAAAUCUAAGUAAAUCUGUAUCAACCAAAACACCUAGAACGAUUCCUGAUACACAGAGACCAACCUCUAGAAAAUCUCAGGAACCCAAGGAACACAAAUGCCCAACCUGUGGUAAAACAUUUGCACGAGGAUUUAUACUUAAAAAUCACGUUCGCAAACAUACCGGAGAGCGCCCAUUUCUAUGUGAUAGCUGUCCAAAGUCCUUUAGCGAUGCUGCUUCGUUAAAAAUGCACUCUGUUGUGCACACUGGCGAAAAGCAAUUUUCUUGUUCGGAGUGUCCUGCAAGAUUUGCUCGUAAAAGUGGCCUGCGCAAUCACAUCACUAUUCAUUUCAACCUUCCUUGUGACGAAUGCGACCAAAAAUUUUCUUCGCGGAAAACCCUAGUCCGUCACAAAAUCAAGCACAAAGGAAUACGUCCCUUCCUGUGCGAAAUUUGUUCCAAAGAUUUUAGAACUAAAGCGGAUAUGACAGCGCACAUGCGAAUUCAUUCGAACGAGAAACGUUAUGUGUGCAAGAUUUGUUCAGCUCGGUUCAAUUGCCCAUCGACACUGCGAAGGCAUCGUAAUGUCCAUGCUCCACCGGAAACCCGUCCGGUUUGUGAAACAUGUGGCAAAUCAUUCUCAUCCCGACAGGCUCUUCAGAAGCACGAGAACAUUCACAAGGAUCUGAAACCCUUCCAGUGCGAAAUUUGCUCCAAAUGUUUCCGAGUAAAGGAUCAUUUGAAGGUUCACUUGCGAUCGCACUACGGCGAAAAACCGUUCCCGUGUGAUUUAUGCCCAAAAAGAUUCGUAACAAACGGCGAUCUACGUGUUCACUACCGGAGGCAUACCGGUGAAAAGCCUUACACUUGUGACGAAUGUGGUCUCGGUUUCGUGGUGACUGCUGGACUCUAUCGGCAUCAAAAUGAAACGGGUCACGAAAACAGCAAAGCUUCGGCUAUUAUCGUGCCUGAAUACACUAGAGCUUCGUAAAAAUAGACUGUUAGCUGCUGGUUCAUAUGAUACAGGUAUAAACACGAUGUUGUAUUGGAGAAAAAGACAUAAGCGAAACAUAAACUUCUUUUUGAAAAUUUUACUUCUAAAUCGCUGUUUUCUACAUUCGACUUCGCGAAAUCGACUCUCUCACAGGAAACUUUGAGCACUUGGAAAACAAAAACCGAAUACAAGUAAUACACCGGACGGCGCAGCCCAGAAGGUUGGAAGAUACAAAAAACAUCAUUUGACACAUACAAUUAGGGAGCAACAUUCGAAACUCACUUCACUGUUCCGCGUAAAAACACACACCCACAAUCGCUUCAAAUGCGCACAAAUUCUGAAUAAAUACACUUUCCACUAACAGUUUACGUCAUUUUCACAUAUCGGUUUAGAAAUUUAUAUAUGGCUAUAUCGUAACACAUGCGAAAAACAUCUAAACAAUUUGCAAGCAGUUUCAACAAGACUGCCCUUUUUAGCUUUUCAAUGGAUUGU